AUGGCUACUUCCCGUAUAUCAGCGAUGGCCGUGCCGCGAAGGAUGGCCGCUGCGUGCCUCCCUCGAAUCCAAUUGGGCGUUCGCUGCACAGCGGUUGCGCGCCCGUCACUACGGCCCGUUGCUGGCAUCCGCAGCAGGGCGAAGUAUUCGACUGCAGUCGAACAACCGACACUCGCACCAAAGAUCGAUCGGAGCUCUUCCAAGGUGUUUAAGAAUGCGGAUGAGGCCGUGGCGGAUAUUAAGAGUGGAUCGACCAUCCUCAGUGCUGGAUUCGGUCUUUGUGGUGUCGCAGAAACCAUAAUACAGGCCAUGGCUCGCAGAGGACGCGAGAACCUGCACUCGCUCAAGGCGGUUUCGAACAAUGCCGGUCUCGCUGGUAGAGGAGGACUCGCAGUCCUCACUGAGUCCGGCCAGGUUGAUCGACUCCUCAUUUCGUAUCUUGGAAACAACAAAGUCCUUGAAAAGCAGUACCUGAAUGGCGAGAUCGCCAUCGAGCUGACUCCCCAGGGCACAAUAGCAGAACGGUUGAGGGCUGGAGGAGCUGGCAUCCCGGCCUUUUACACCCCAACAGGGGCUCAUACCCGCAUCCAGGAUGGAAAUAUCCCGGUUACGCUGGAUUCGGCUGGGAGAGUCCUUCAGCGUGGCAAGCCUCGUGAAACGAGAAUCUUCAACGGCAAAACCUAUCUUAUGGAAACCGCUUUGACCGGCGAUGUGGCACUUGUACGGGCGUGGAAGGUCGAUGAAGCCGGAAAUUGUGUGUUCCGGUAUACCACGAAAGCGUUUGGUCCGUUGGUAGCCAAAGCCGCUGCUCUCACCAUAGUGGAAGCGGAGAACAUUGUCCCGAUCGGCGCCAUCGAUCCUAAUGACGUUCAUUUACCUGGAAUCUACGUCGACAGAAUUGUUCCUUCUACUACCGAUAAGCAAGUUGAGAUCAAGAAACUGCGGUCUGCAGAGGAUGAAGAUGCAGUUAAAUCAACAUCAAACCCCAAGUUGGCGAAGAGGAAUCGUAUCGCCAAGAGAGCCGCAAAGGAGCUCAAACAUGGUUAUUAUGUGAACCUCGGUGUCGGAAUUCCCACUCUUGCCCCAUCCUUCUUGCCUGAAGGAGUCAAAGUUUGGAUUCAGUCAGAAAACGGACUUUUGGGAAUGGGCCCAUAUCCGACAGAGGAGGAAGUCGAUCCGGAUGUCAUCAAUGCCGGUAAAGAGACCGUGACUAUGAUGCCCGGGGCUUCUACCUUUGACAGCAGCGAGUCGUUUGGCAUGAUCCGGGGAGGACAUGUGGACGUUUCCAUUCUUGGGGCUUUGCAAGUCGGUGCCAAUGGUGACUUGGCCAACUACAUGAUCCCUGGAAAGAUCUUCAAGGGAAUGGGAGGUGCCAUGGACCUCAUUUCGAAUCCCGACAAGACCAAGAUCGUGGUGGCCACUAACCAUGUGGCCAAGGAUGGCUCGCCGAAGAUUGUGCAGAACUGCAGCCUGCCUCUGACGGGCGCCAACUGUGUCAGCACGAUUAUCACGGACCUGUGUGUCUUCCAAGUUGAUCGAGUGAAAGGCGAGCUCACCCUGACCGAGUUGGCGGACGGUGUGACCGUUGACGAAGUUCGGAGCAAGACUGGAGCUGAGUUCUCGGUUGCCGACAAUGUGACUUCUAUGGAGUAG